UCUGUGUUGCUGCAAAGGACAUGAUCUUCGUCCUUUUUGUGGCUGCGUAGUAUGCCAUGGUGUAUAUGAACCACAUUUCCUGUAUGUUUCUAAGAAUGAUUGGAGCCCCAGUCAUCGGAACGUUGAACCCCAGUCCUUCUUAAAUGAGAGCCAUUGUUUAUGUGGGUAAUAGUCGUCAAUAUUUACCAUAUUAGAAAUUAAAAUAGAAAGUAUUGAAAUAUUUCUGUAUUUAAUUAGCAAUAAUAAACCCAUUAGUUUUUGCAAAUAUCUUAAUUUUGGCUCAGUAAAAGGCUCCCAAGUCUUGUUUUCAGUCCUGUGAUAUCACAACCCAUACAGCCUGUGGAAGCCUCUGCUGUGCACUUUGUGAGAAUGAGAGUGAGCAAGGCUGGUGACAGCUUAGAACACUCAGGAAGGUAGUUCUGUGGAACUCCUGAGAGGCCUGAGGACCCCAGGGUCCCAGGUGCACGCGGGGGACUGUCUGUCUGGACAGCAUUAUCUUAAUGUUCCUGCGGAAUUGUCCUCUGGUAUUUUGGCACCAUGCUUUUUGAUUGCCUGUCUCAAAAAAAAAAAAAGCAACUGGAAGCCAGCUCUGCAGUACGUUGUUGGCGUUUUGGUGAGAAAUUGGUAUACACGAGGAAACGUUGAACUUCGUGAGGAGCCCCAGGAGAUGGUUCCCUCAGGCUUUAGGCCAGAAUGGUCUGUACCACUUCUGAGCUGCUGCUAAGGUUUUAGAUCCUAUGAAAACGGAUUUUCCUAACUAAUCAUAUUUUCUUUGCUGUGGCACUGGGGAAGCUUAGAGCCUGAUUUCCAGCUCUGACAUGUGACAGGCCUGUCCCUGUACUAACAGUACCCCUGGCCUUCUGGUAUGCCUUUUCCCCAGUCUCAAGUUUUCUCAUCCAUACCUUGUUAUCCUUCUGUAUAUUUCUGUAAGUUAUGUUAGGAUUCAUUCCAUGUGUUUUUAUAAGUUGUCCAUUUUUAUUUGAACAAGAUUGAGCAUAAAUUCCUUAUAAAAAUUUGAGUAAAAAAUUACCCCCUUAUUGUGGAAAGCAUUUUUGUAAAACAUUAGCAUCCAGUAGAUUCUAGGGUCUGUUUGGAUUUAGAGAAGUUAGUAAAUCACUUUCUUUUCCAGUGUUGUUUUCAUUAAGUUACUUUGUUUACUAUUAUUAUUUUUUGAGACAGAGUCUUGCUCUGUCACCCAGGCUGGAGUGCAGUGGCAAGAUCUCAGCUCACUGCAAUCUCUGCCUCCCAGAUUCAAGCGAUUCUCCUGCCUCAGCCUCCCGAGUAGCUGGGACUACAGGUGCACACCACCAUGCCCUGCUAAUUUUUGUAUUUUUAGUAGAGAUGAGGUUUCACCAUGUUGGCCAGGCUGGUCUCGAACUCCUUACCUCAAGUGAUCUGCCUUGGCCUCCAAGUGCUGGGAUUACAUCAUCAAGUUACUUUAGAUAAGUGGAAACUCAGCCCUCCUAUAUCUGGAAGUGUCAAGAUAUUACCUUGUUUCAUUAUAUACUAUAUAUAGUACAGCUACUUGGCAGUUUUGUUAUUUAUUGCCUGCCCAGAGCCUCUGUCCUAUUUUUCAUUUUAUUUCUGUCUCCUAUACAGAGGCAUUCUUGUUAUUAGUAUUAUUGUUUCCAUUUAAUCAUAACAGGCUUUUUUUGUGCCUGCUUGUGAAAUUUUUAUAAAUUACUUUUAACACUUUCCUUAGUUAUUGGUGUACGUUUUUAUCAGUGUGAUUCUGCUGAAUUUAAACUGGGAAAAACUUAAUGUCUCCUAACUGCACAGCCUCUUCCCAUUCAUUAGAGCCUGAACUUACUUGAAGCCAAAGAAGACCCUGCAGCUAGGGCCCCUGUGAUGCUGUGAAGUCCUUGCCCUGUUUCAUCAGAGGGUUAGAUGUGCAUUACAGAGGGAGGCAUACAGAGAUUUUUAGAAAAACAAUAGUCAUACUUCACGCAGAGUGACUGUGUAGAGGUCAGAAUGUGUCUUGUAUAAAAUGUUAAUUCUCAUAAUUUUUGAAGGUUAGACUGCCUGUUUGUUACUGUGUAGGUGCCAUUGUUUCGAUUUUCAGAAGGCUGUGCAGUCUUUUUAACUGAUGAAGAGCAAAGCUUUAUGUUCUGUGAUUCUGCCCAGUUAAGUGCAGGCGUUAGGCUAGAGGCUGGGACAAACCCUGAGCAGCCUCACUGGCUUUCCUACUUCUUUUGCAUCCCAAAGCAUAAGCUUAAAUCGUCUCAGAGGGACAAGGUCCGCCAGUUUAUGGCAUGCACUCAGGCUGGCGAGAGAACUGCUAUCUACUGCUUAACGCAGAAUGAGUGGAGACUAGACGAGGCCACGGACAGCUUCUUCCAAAACCCAGACUCGUUCCACAGGGAGUCCAUGCGGAACACUGUGGACAAGAAGAAGCUGGAGCAGCUGUACGGCAGGUACAAAGACCCACAAGAUGAAAACAAAAUUGGAAUAGAUGGGAUCCAACAGUUUUGUGAUGAUCUGCACCUAGAUCCUGCCAGUAUCAGUGUAUUGGUCAUCGCGUGGAAGUUCAGGGCAGCAACUCAGUGUGAAUUUAGCAGGAAGGAAUUUCUAGAUGGCAUGACAGAACUUGGGUGUGACAGCACGGAGAAGCUAAAGGCUCUUCUGCCAAGACUGGAGCAGGAGCUGAAAGAUACGGCCAAAUUUAAAGAUUUUUAUCAGUUUACCUUUACCUUCGCUAAGAACCCGGGGCAGAAGGGUUUAGACUUAGAAAUGGCUGUUGCAUAUUGGAAAUUAGUGUUAUCUGGAAGGUUUAAGUUUUUAGAUCUCUGGAACACAUUCUUACUGGAACAUCACAAAAGAUCAAUUCCAAGGGACACCUGGAAUCUCCUGCUGGACUUUGGAAACAUGAUUGCAGAUGAUAUGUCUAACUACGAUGAAGAAGGAGCUUGGCCCGUUCUUAUAGAUGAUUUUGUAGAAUAUGCACGGCCAGUAGUCACAGGUGGAAAGCGCAGCCCUUUCUAGGCAGCAAGUUAAGCUGGAGUAAGAUUAUGAAAUGAUUUGCAUCCUGCCGGGAGAUUUUGGUCAGUUCCUAGGUGCAUUGUUACUGAUUCCAGAAGUCAUUCUUGACCAGCCAUGAAACCAGAGGAGUCACCGCAUUCUGCCGGAGGACAGCAGCGGCUGCCUUGUGGACAUCGCAGGAAGUUCCUCAGGACACAGCUACUUUGGAUGUUUAGAUUUGUCAUCAUAGCUGUUGCGUUAGGAGAUUUCUGCAUGAUUUUUAAAUAUUCACAAAACGGUAAGGUAGAGCCGUAGUGCCACCUGUGGGAGCGCAGAGCUUGUUGCAGCGCUCAUCCACUGAGUGACGCUGCUGCCACACUGGAGACACGGCGUGUGUCCUGUGGGAGCACAGAGCAUGCUGCAGCGCUCAGCCACUGAGUGACGUGGCCAC